AUGUUCAACCUGUUCCCGUCAAAAGCCAGCAAACCGUCAGCAGGAGCGCCGCUAAAGGGCUACAAAAUAACCGAUGUCGAACGGAGCCGCAAAUUCGGCGUGGCAGCCAACUCACUCCGCAUGCUCCGGACGAAAGCGUCCGAAAAAUUCAAGAUAGCUGCAUGUCGCGUAUAUCUUGCCCAGGACGGCGUAGAGGUGGCUGACGAGGAGUACUUCCAAACGCUACCGGCCCAGGUUCUGUUCGUCAUAGCGGACAAGGACACCAUCGUAAGAACCGAUUUUGAGCUGAUGUACAACGCCAUCAAGUCCGCCCACACGGAUCUGCUGCAUGCAGGCGAACUGGCACAACAGUUCGUGAGUAAUAAUCAGCCGGAGAUUUCAAAAAUCCUCUUAAGCGCCCAGCGUGGUCGGGAUGAUCUGAUCGAACGUAGCACGCGAAGCGACCAUGCCGAAUGGUUUGAAGGAAUUGAUGAUCGUGCCGCUAAAACGAAGGAAGAGGUGAUGAAGCGUCGCGGUCAAGACCGCAUUCGAGGCUACUUUUACAAAACGAAGGACGAACUAACCAAGUGUUCGAUGUACCGCGCGAGUCCGGUCGCUCGGGAGCUGAUCGACGAGAUGCUGGAGCUGUUCCGCCAGUUGCUGGUGGGCUUCGACUACUUCAGCUGCAUGUUCGAUCGUACCUGCUUGCGUAGGGUAGAGCUGAAGCCCGAAGCUAAUACCCAGGAUGAAACGGACGCACAAAAGAUCCCACCAAAAAGGCUAAAACUGUUGGUACAGAAGUCGCUUGGGUCGGACUGCCGUAUCGAUCGCUACAAUGUAGCCCUGUGCAGCCAGUUGGGCGAUUUCCGGUGCAUGGGCGUAUGGAAUGACGAGCGCUGCCGUUACUUGAACCACCGGAUCAACCCGUACGCCAGCCGGGAGAAUUUAAUACUGUUCCAGGUGUGGAAUCUCGACCAUCAGAUCGAGAUCAGUCGAGCCGUGCUGCCGUCGAUCCUGGACAACGUCGAGCGGAUGGUGUCAGCAGAGGGGGACGCAUUCUGCAAGCUGCAUCGGCGCAAGGGCAAGAAACUGUCUGUGAUAACGUACUUUUUGGAGCUGUUCACGCUCAACAACCUAAAGCUGGUGCACAUAGUAUGCCAUGACAAGAGCGUCCACGAGCUGAUCUCGAACGGUGCCAUCAUUUGCGAUCGGUGCGAUGAGUAUAAGUAUAUUAAGCAAUUUCAACGUAACCUACGUUCCAAAAAAGACGCAAUGCUGUAAAACAGCACCAUAGCCUGUUGAUCUCGCGACUCAAAAA